CUUGUACUUGUACGCUUCUCUCUCUCUCUCUCUAAAUUCCUACAAGUUUUCCUCUCUUUAAAAAUCUUUAAUUUAUUUCUGUAGUUAGAAUUCUCUCUUUUUUACGUUUUCUUGAUCAUCUUUUUGUGGGUUCUGCGUCAUUUCUCAUUGUUUUUGGAAAUGGGUUUUGAUUGAUUGGUGUUCUUGGAUCUUGAGGAAUUCCCAUUUUGGGACUUGCAGACUGGAGCAGAAAAUCACUGAUACUGAAACUUAGUUUUGAGAGAGAAAGGGACUGGAAUUGAAGGACUCUCCAAAUGCUAAACUUUGCCAGGACCAGAGCUCAGACAAGGUCCAAUAGAUCUAUAUCUCUUGGAGGCAUGGAUUAUUCAGAUCCAAAAAGGAAAAACAACGUUGUAGGAAAGAUUCUUUUGGCUGCUACCCUCACAGCUUUAUGUAUAAUUAUGCUAAAGCAAUCUCCGACCUUUUAUUCUCCAAGCCCGUUCUCUUUGCAUGAAGAAGGGGUGAUUCAUGUCCUAGUGACAGGUGGUGCUGGCUACAUUGGUUCCCAUGCUGCAUUGCGACUUUUGAAGGAUGGUUACCGAGUAACCAUAGUGGACAACCUUUCUCGAGGAAACAUAGGUGCAGUCAAGGUUUUACAAGAAUUAUUUCCAGAGCCCGGGAGGCUUCAGUUUAUAUAUGCUGACCUGGGAGAUCCUAAAACUGUUAACAUUAUCUUCUCACAAAAUGCAUUUGAUGCUGUGAUGCAUUUUGCGGCAGUUGCAUAUGUUGGGGAAAGCACCAUGGAACCCCUGAAGUACUAUCACAAUAUCACAUCAAAUACCUUGGUAGUUUUGGAGGCAAUGGCUGCAAAUGAUGUAAAGACUUUGAUAUAUUCAAGUACAUGUGCAACAUAUGGGGAGCCUGAAAAGAUGCCGAUUACUGAAGUAACUCCACAGGUACCCAUUAAUCCAUAUGGAAAAGCUAAGAAGAUGGCAGAAGAUAUCAUCCUUGAUUUUUCUAAAAACUCAGACAUGGCAAUUAUGAUAUUGAGAUACUUCAAUGUGAUUGGAUCAGAUCCAGAUGGCAGGUUAGGUGAGGCUCCUAGACCUGAACUGCGUGAGCAUGGACGAAUUUCCGGUGCUUGUUUCGAUGCAGCUCGUGGUAUUAUUGCUGGGCUGAAGGUUAAAGGAACAGACUAUAAGACGCAUGAUGGAACUUGUAUAAGAGAUUAUAUUGACGUUACUGAUCUUGUUGAUGCUCAUGUUAAAGCACUUGAAAAGGCAAUGCCUGGUAAAGUAGGAAUCUACAAUGUUGGCACUGGAAAGGGUAGAUCAGUCAAGGAGUUUGUUAAGGCAUGUAAAAAGGCAACUGGUGUAGAUAUCAAAGUUGACUAUUUACCUCGCCGUCCUGGUGACUACGCUGAAGUAUUCAGUGACCCAUCAAAAAUUUACCGUGAGCUGAACUGGACAGCGCAAUACACGGAUCUCCAGAAGAGCUUACAGACUGCAUGGAGAUGGCAAAAAUCACAUCAAAAUGGGUAUGGAUCCCCUUUGGUGAUGGCUUCUUGAACAUUUAGGGAAGAGUCCAUAGCAGAAAUUUAACUCAGACCCCGGCAGCCCCCACGCAGCACCGACUCCAGUUGUGCUUCUAUUCUCCCUUAGAAGUGGGGUUUCAGAUAAAGAUAAUUUUUUCACCUUCUAAUAUAUAGUGUUAGGAGCGGCCAAUUCAUUACAUGUAUUCCAACCAAUAAUAUCUCAAUAAUACGAUGCCCUGGCGCUGGUAUAGCUUCUAUAUUGAUUCUACCCUUUUGUUCAUACCCAUCGGUUAUCAUAGUUCAUGUUCAAUAAAGCUGGUUUUUUGAGAA